GCGAGUGAGACAGAGAGUGAGAGAAAGACAAUGUAAGUCACAAAGAAAAUUGAGAAAAAGGGAAAACAGACAAAAGAAAUUAACAGCAGCUCCAGCAGGAAAGGUGAAUUUAAAACAGAUAUACGCAACGUCAGCAGCAAGCACCGAAGAGACUAUGAAAAAUGCGCAACAGAAGCUGAGUGAAGUUGAUGAUGAUGAGCUAUGGCUGCAACAACAAUAUCAACAACAACAACAUCAGAACCAACAACUCCAAAAGCAACAACCAGCGAUUAGAUUAGCACACAACAGAAACAAGAGCAACCAACCAACUCAACAGCAACAAAAGAGCUUAAGUACAAAAUACCACAGCAAUAAUUCAGUGGAGCAUUAACAACAGCAACAACAGCAACUAUAAAAAGAAGAAGAACAAAAACAACAGAUCAUGUAGUCUGAACAGCAACAGCAUUUAGACAGCAACAUGUUGAGCCCGGCCGAGACAGCCGGUGGCAAUCAAGCAACACAAACAAACAUAAGACUGUGCGUACGCAAGCGACAAAGAUUACGUCGGCGACGAAAAAGAAAACUAAUAGCAUCAGCACCAGCAGCAACAACAUUUCGCAGCAAUGACAACAGCUUCAACACAUUUAAUGGCAUUUUGUCUAUAAGUGCUGGUAUUGUUCUGCAUAUGUUGCUGACGGCACUGAGGUUGUGGCAAUUGCAGCUGCAACUACAACAGCAAGCAGUAACAGUGAUCAGAGCUUUUGGUAAUAGCACCACCGCUAUCAUUUCCUACGCAAAUGCAAUUGCACUACAACUGCAAAGUUGUAAGCGCAGAAGCAGCAGCAACAGUUGCAGCAGCAGCAGUACCCAAAUAAUCAACGGACUUAAUAAACAUUCAUGGAUAUUUUUAUUGAUUUAUUUAAAUUUAUCUGCUAAAGUUUGCUUAGCUGGGUAUCAUGAAAAGAGACUGUUACAUGAUCUAUUGGAUCCUUAUAAUACACUAGAACGUCCGGUUCUCAACGAAUCGGACCCGUUACAAUUAAGUUUUGGGUUAACUUUAAUGCAAAUAAUCGAUGUGGAUGAGAAAAACCAGUUGCUGGUUACGAAUGUGUGGCUAAAAUUGGAGUGGAACGAUAUGAACCUUCGCUGGAAUACAUCAGACUAUGGUGGCGUUAAGGAUCUGCGCAUACCACCGCAUCGCAUCUGGAAACCAGACGUCCUUAUGUACAACAGCGCCGACGAGGGAUUCGAUGGCACCUACCAAACAAAUGUUGUGGUGCGGAACAAUGGCUCCUGCCUUUACGUCCCGCCGGGUAUCUUCAAAUCGACGUGCAAAAUAGACAUCACAUGGUUCCCAUUUGAUGAUCAGCGCUGCGAGAUGAAAUUUGGUAGCUGGACAUAUGAUGGAUUUCAGCUGGAUUUGCAAUUACAAGAUGAAACUGGCGGUGAUAUCAGCAGUUACGUGCUCAACGGCGAGUGGGAACUACUGGGUGUGCCUGGGAAACGCAAUGAAAUAUACUACAACUGCUGUCCGGAACCAUAUAUCGACAUCACAUUUGCCAUUAUCAUACGACGACGCACUCUCUACUAUUUUUUUAAUCUGAUUAUACCCUGUGUACUGAUUGCAUCAAUGGCCCUACUCGGCUUCACACUACCACCGGACUCGGGUGAAAAACUAUCGCUUGGCGUCACAAUCCUGCUCUCGCUGACCGUGUUCCUCAAUAUGGUUGCUGAGACAAUGCCGGCUACAUCAGAUGCGGUACCUCUCCUAGGUACAUAUUUCAAUUGCAUAAUGUUUAUGGUAGCUUCAUCCGUUGUGUCAACGAUUUUAAUAUUAAAUUAUCAUCAUCGAAAUGCUGAUACGCACGAAAUGUCCGAAUGGAUUCGCAUCGUAUUUUUAUGCUGGCUACCAUGGAUAUUGCGCAUGAGUCGACCGGGACGACCGCUGAUAUUGGAAUUCCCGACAACGCCCUGUUCGGAUACCUCAUCCGAGCGCAAGCAUCAGAUACUAUCCGAUGUUGAGCUGAAAGAGCGCUCCUCGAAGUCGCUGCUGGCCAAUGUGCUCGACAUUGAUGAUGAUUUUAGGCACAACUGUCGUCCCAUGACGCCCGGCGGAACACUGCCACACAAUCCAGCAUUUUAUCGCACUGUUUAUGGACAAGGCGACGAUGGCAGUAUUGGGCCAAUUGGCAGCACACGAAUGCCCGAUGCGGUUACACAUCACACAUGCAUCAAAUCAUCAACUGAAUAUGAAUUAGGUUUAAUCUUAAAGGAAAUUCGCUUUAUUACUGAUCAGCUACGUAAAGAUGACGAGGACAAUGACAUUGCCAAUGAUUGGAAAUUUGCAGCUAUGGUCGUUGACAGACUGUGCCUUAUCAUAUUCACAAUGUUCACAAUAUUAGCCACAAUAGCUGUACUACUAUCAGCACCACAUAUUAUUGUCUCGUAGCCAUAUGGGCGAGGUGGUUAUUGUUAUUGGUUUUAUUAUAAAAUCAAUUUGUUAAUUAUUAAAUUAAUAACAAAACUUUUUAAGUAAAU